AUGAGGAGGCUCUUCCACAACAGGAGCACCGACCCCUGGGAAGUCGUCGACGCGAAGGCGGUCGAGCCUGUCUCCGCAUACACCGACGAGGAGAUCGAAGGUACAUACCCGUGCUACAUGGAGGUCAUGGGUGUGCACAGCCAGACGCUGCACGGCACGUACAUGUUCGAUCUGAAGACGGGCGCGGACCUCCGGCGCGCGGUCGUGUUCGCGCGGCAGCGGCUGCUGCAGGAGGCCGCCGAGAAGGAGUACAACCUCUUCCUGACAGAAGGAUGGAGCGUUACGCAGUUCCGCAAGGGCAAGCGCCAUCGCGUGGAGGUGCGCUACGUCGCGCGCCCGGCGUACGCCGUGACGAAGAAGCUGCGAACACCGCCGCCACCAUUCCUGGCGAUGCUCGGCGGGAAGGAGAGCCUGUGA